AACGAACUGAUGGAUGAAGAUGAGAAGGACAGAGCAAAGAGGGCAUCCCGCAACAAAUCCGAAAAGAAGAGGAGAGACCAGUUCAAUGUCCUCAUUAAAGAGCUUUGCACGAUGCUGCAGGGCCAUGGCCACCCUCUCAAGAUGGACAAGUCCACAAUACUGCAGAGGACCAUCGACUUCUUACAGAAACAGAAAGAAAUCACAGCACAGACAGAAGCCUGUGAGAUUAGACAAGACUGGAAGCCUUCAUUUCUUAGCAACGAGGAGUUCACCCAGUUGAUGUUAGAGGCACUAGAUGGCUUUCUCAUUGCUCUCACCACUGAUGGGAUUAUUAUUUAUGUAUCUGAUAGUGUCUCAUCUCUGCUUGGACACUUACCGUCAGAUUUGGUGGACCAAAAUAUAUUAAACUUUCUGCCUGAGCGGGAGCAGAGCGAGGUGUACAAGCUCCUUUCUCCACAUGUGCUCAUGACAGAUCCCAUUGCAGCUGAUUUUCUAAACGCGGAAAAACAAAUAGAGUUUUGCUGCCAUUUAGCAAGAGGCAGCUUAGAUCCAAAUGAACCCCUGAUGUAUGAAUAUGUGAAAUUUGUAGUGGAUUUUAAAUAUUUUACUCAUGUGCCUACACCCUCCUGUAAUGGCUUUGAGUCAGCGAUUGCACGAGCUUUCAGGUCAGCCACGGAGGAGCAGAUUUGCCUCGUAGCAACUGUUCGUCUUGUCACACCGCAGUUCUUAAAGGAGCUCUGCAAUGUUGAAGAGCCAUGUGAAGAAUUUACGUCAAGGCAUAGUUUGGAAUGGAAAUUUUUAUUCUUGGACCACAGGGCUCCACCUAUUAUAGGAUAUUUACCCUUUGAAGUUCUGGGAACGUCAGGGUAUGAUUACUACCACGCAGAUGACCUGGAGCUUCUUGCUAGGUGCCAUGAACACUUGAUGCAGUUUGGAAAAGGAAAGUCCUGUUACUAUCGGUUCCUGACCAAAGGCCAGCAGUGGAUAUGGCUGCAGACACACUACUACAUCACCUACCACCAGUGGAACUCCAAACCCGAGUUCAUCGUUUGCACGCACCUGGUAGUUAGUUAUGCAGAAGUUCGAGCUGAAAGAAGGCGAGAUCUUGGCCUUGAAGAGUCAUCAAUUGAACUGGCAUCCUCUUCUCUAAAGAGCCACAGCAGCUACCUGGAUGUGGGCCAGUGCAGCAGCAGCCAGGACGCCAGCCGGGAGGGAGUGUCGCUGUCGUCCCACAGCUCCCGUCGCUCCUCGCACACCGCCCUCUCCGACUCCGCAUCCACGUCAUCCACACGACACACGGAUACCAGCACGCCCACCCGGUCGUCGGUGCCGGGGGGGCAGGCAGAGAAGGCAGCCCUACGGCUGGCAUCGUCUGGAAGCACUCAGCCAGUGUACCAUUUCCCGACCCAGCUGGGGAUGAUGCAUCAGCUGAAAGAGCAGCUGGAGGAGAGGACCCGCAUACUGCAAGCUGACAUCAAGACGCAGCAAGAAGAGCUCCAUGUCAUCAAGGAGCAGCUCCAGCUAGUGCAGGACUCCAACCUGCAGAUGUUGAUGCAGCAGCCGAUCCCCGUCGUCUUUAACAACGUGCAGCACCCAAUCCCCAGGAGGCCGCCGCCGCCGCCGGGGACGCCCAGGCAGACCACAGCCAAGAAGUCACAACAGCAAGGCCUUCUGGGGAUGAAGCACUACUGUGGCACCCACCUGCCAUCACCGCGCCAAUUCCUCAGGGAUCCCUGCGGCACGGCCGCCCAGGCGCAUCCCAUUACAGUGGCUGCACAGAUGCCGACUGACGGCGGCGAAAGGCAACCGCAGCCUGACUACGGCCAGGACAGGAGCCUCAGGAUGCUGUUGGAUCAGUCUAUCCAAGCCACGAUGCCCGCCGCCAACGGCAGUGGCCAGUCCACGCAGAGCAGUGCCAGCAGGCAGCAAGGAAAAUUCGUUGCAGAGCAGCAGAUCUUGCCUCCCCCAGUACAGAUGCAACCGAUUACCUGUAGCACCAUCCGACCUCCAGCCCCGUCGCCCGUUUUCUCCCCGUCUCUGAUGAUCCCACACACCAGCUUCACGCCCCACCAAACAAACACACCAGUUCAUCUCCACCAGUGGCCACAGCAACAGGCUCAGCAGCGCCAUCUCUACCUUCAGAUGCAAGGUCCUGAGCCGGUGCCUGGGGGUCCGACACAGCGCAUUUUCCAGCCCCCCCACCCGCCACAGCAGAACCCCCUGAGCUACUUCCUCCACCCGCAGCAGCAGAGCCGCCAUGCGCAGGGCCAGGCCUGCAACCUGCCCGACCUGCCUGAGAUGCAGCUGCCCUGA